CUAAAUCCUAAGUUUGUGACUUUUGAUAAAACAUUAAGUGUUAUUUUUGUGACUUUUGACCUUGAAUACUAGUUUGGGAACAAAAACUUGAUUUAGUGCUAUUUUUGUCUUUUUCUCUAUAUAUUAUUGUCAAUACAAUUUAACUCGGCGUAAGACGUAGAUCUCUAGCUAGUUUCUAUAUUAAAUGUCUACAACGAUUUUUUUUUCUUGUCAACCUACAGAGAUUCUACAUAGCAGAAAUCAAAUGAUAAUGUCGUUAGCUUAAUGCACUUCUUAAGUUGUAUUGUCAUAUUUAAUAGACGAUAUGUAUACAUGGACAAUGACUAACUAGUCAUUUCACCAUCAGUCAAUUACCAUUUUUGCAAUUUUACCUGUUUCAUAUCCAAUUUCAAUCAAUAUUCAUGUAUGUUUACCUAAUUCACUCCUAAAAAGUGUCAAAAUAAUAAUAAAAGAACAUCAUACUUGAAACUGAAAAAGACUAAAAAUGGGAGACAAAAUUACAAAAUCAAAAUCUAAUAAGGAGGGAGUAAAUAGAUAAUGACUAACUCUCUCAUUUCACGGGUUCACGAUUAGUCGGUUACCAUUUUUGCAAUUUUAUCAAUUUCAUAUACACUUACUAGAUAAAUCACAGAAAUUUAGCUAAUUCAUUCGAAAAAAGUAAAAAAGAAAAGUAAAAGAAGGUCACACUUGAAACUAAAGAAGAGCAAAAAUGGGGGACAAAAUUGCAAUAUAAUUAAAAUAUUUGUGCCGCAGAUAGUAGUACGUAGGAAAAGCAAAAGGCUAUGCGCUGCAGCGUAUUAAUGGCGAGAGGAGAGUGAGUGAGAGAAUGAAAAACGACAAAAGAGACAAACCAGCCUUGGACGGGAGGGAGGGAGGGUCUCCGUACGUUCUCUCUCUCAGAGCACAACAUUCUCUCUCUCCCCAUACCAUUUUCUGUUAUAUAUCACCAACCUGACCUCUCUCUCCGUAUUGUCCACUCUUGUUUUACUCUCUCCAUUUUUGAAUCUUCUUCUUCUUCUUCUUCUUCUUCAUCCUCUACCUCUCUGAAAUCGCUUUUUCUCUUCGCUUAUAUCGACGACCAUGUUUGAAGAAAACUUUAUGGGUUUCGAUGGAGAUUUUAGCAGAGGACGAGCUUGGGAUCGUCGCCUUCCUCCUCCUCGUGACUUUGGUGGGUUUCAACAGAGUCCCGACACAAACCCAUUUCUCAAGAGUUACGACAAGGUGGACACGAAGAGCGAUGAUGUGAUGGGUUUGUGUAAAAAGCUCAACGGAAUGGGUAUCUCUUGCGACAUGAGUAUUUGGAGCAGACCCGGACCGAUACGGGUCGACCCGCCUGAUUUUGGGUCUCGAAGAACUCUCCCUGAGUUUCCGGAUGGAGGAGCUUCACGGGUUCGUGGCGAUUACUCUCCUCCCCAAGCUUUUCUGCGAAACACCACCUCCUCUCAUGGAGUCUCUCCGGCAGAUCUUAGUUUCCUUGGCCUUCAAGACUCCUUUUACCCUAACGGACUGAGAGAGAUGAUGGCUCUUAAGAACCAAAGAGACGCUCUCUUGGAACAUAUGAACCGACCCAUCAAGCGUUCAUCUCCUUGUCUUGGAAACGAUGCGUUUCAUAGUUCGUUGAUGUUUGAGAGAAAUAGGGUUUCUCGCGACAUUGAUGGUGCUGGAGCUUACUAUCCACAUGAUAGUCUCAGAGCCGUCUCUCUUGGAGGAGGAAGAAACAGGGCUUCUCUGUUACGCCAAGGCUCAUAUGGGAAGAUGAGAAGUGAUUUGCCUCUGGAUCUUGCCUCCAUGGUUAACAUCUACGGAUCUGUCAACUUGAUGGGCAAAGAUCAGAUCGGUUGUCGUUUUCUCCAGAAGCUGGUCGAUGAAGGACUGUUUGUUGACGCUCUAUUCCUCGAAAUCAUCAGCCACGUGGUUGAACUUUCCAUGGAUCCUUUCGGGAAUUACUUGGUUCAGAAGCUCUUAGACGCCUGCGAUGAGGAACAGAGAACGAUGAUGGUGAGUGUUUUGACCUCAAGACCAACGGAGCUUCUCAAAAUCUGUCUCAACAAUUAUGGGACACGGGUUGUUCAGAAGAUGAUCGAAACUGUGAAAACAAAACAGCAGAUUGGGAUGGUGAAGUCAGGUCUCAAACCAGGGUUUCUCUCCCUUGUUAAAGAUUUAAAUGGGAACCAUGUGAUUCAAACUUGCUUGACUACUCUAGGUCCUAGCGACACAAAGUUUGUUUUGGAAGCUGCUACCAAGUACUGCGCUGAGAUAGCAACUCAUCGCCACGGAUGCUGUGUGCUUCAAUGCUGCGUCUCAAACUCUGUUGGAGAGCAACGUGAGAGGCUCGUCAAUGAGAUAUCCAGGAACUCACUUCACCUUUCUCAGGAUCCUUUUGGGAACUAUGUAGUGCAGUAUCUAAUAGAGCAAAAAGUAUCUGCAUCGAAGUUACUGAUUCAGUUUAGAAUGCAUUACGCGGAGCUAGCGACUCAGAAAUUCAGUAGCCAUGUGAUGGAGAAAUGCCUUAGGAUAUAUCCAGAGGCUAGAGCUGAGAUUGUCCGUGAGCUUCUCUCUGUUCCAAACUUUGAACAUCUCCUGCAUGACCCUUUUGGAAACUACGUUAUUCUAACUGCUCUCUCAGUAACCAAGGGUCCUGUUCGUGCGAGCUUGGUAGAGAAAGUGCAUAGGUAUGGGAAACUGAAGUUUAGUCCUUAUUGCAAGAAGAUAUUCUCCAAGACCAUCUUGAAGAGCUGAUCAGCAAGGAUGUUGUUGUUUUUGUGUGUUUGAGAUCGGAUUAGGCCUUUUGAAAAGACACUACUUCCCCUUUUGCUUUUGAAGAAGUGACUCUGCUGAUUAAGUAGUAACAAAAAAUGUUGUUGUUUUGUGUUUCAAGAUCGGAUUAGGCCUUUAAAUAGACGCUGCUCUCUUUUGCUGU